CCAUAACUCUCUUCAAAACGCAUCUCUUUUCGUUUCAUUUGUCUUCCAUUUCCGACGUUCUUCAGAUUUUCCCCUUUCACCUUCUUCUUCUUCAUACACCUUUCUUCUUCACUCUUUCUCUCUCUGAAUCCCCAUUUCCCCCUCUAAUUCUUCUCCUCCAUGUCUAAACAGACCUACAGAGUGUGUUUCUGCUUCCGCCGGCGCUUCAAGAUGACCGCCGGCGAAGCCCCCGACGAGAUCAAGAAGCUCUUUGAGGAAUACUCCGAGAAUGGUAUCAUGAACCCCGAUCAUCUCCAGAGAUUCUUGAUCGAUGUUCAGAAAGAGGUCAAGACCACCAGAGACGACGCUCAGAACAUGAUUGAACGCUGUACUAAUGAGCUCAAGCAUUUGAACAUCUUCCAUCGCAAGGUUCUCAAUCUUGAAGCCUUCUUCAAGUAUCUCUUCAGCGAUCUCAACCCUCCUCUCGAGUCUCUUGGGGUGCACCAUGAUAUGAGUGCUCCUUUGUCGCAUUAUUACAUAUAUACAGGCCACAACUCCUACUUGACUGGGAAUCAGCUCAGUAGUGACUGUAGUGAUGUGCCCAUCAUACAAGCUCUACAGAGAGGAGUUAGAGUAAUUGAAUUGGAUAUAUGGCCGAAUUCUUCAAAGGAUAAUAUAGAUGUUCUUCAUGGCAGGACACUUACUACCCCUGUGGAGCUUAUUAAAUGUUUGAAAUCUAUUAAAGAGUAUGCUUUUGUUGCAUCUGAAUAUCCAGUUGUAAUAACAUUGGAAGACCAUCUUCCUCCUAAUCUCCAAGCUAAAGUGGCUGAGAUGGUUACGAAUACAUUUGGAGACAUUCUGUUCUCUCCUGGCUCUGAAUGCUUGAAGGAAUUUCCUUCCCCUGAAUCACUAAAGAAAAGGAUUAUUAUAUCAACUAAACCACCUAAGGAGUACCUUAGGACCAACGAUGUUCCUAAGGAGGGUGAGGCACAGAAGGAAAAGACUUCUGGGGAUGAUAAAGAAACAUCAGCAUGGGGAAGAGAAGUGUCAAGCUUGAAAGGUGCUUCUGUAACUGACUACAAGCAAGAUUUGGAUGAUGAUAGUAACGAUGAGGAAGAUACUGAGGAUGGAGAUCCCAAGUCUACAUCGCAGUAUAUUGCUCCUGAGUAUAAAAAUUUGAUUGCUAUUCAUGCGGGUAAGCCUAAAGGUGGAAUUGAUGCAUGCCUCAAAGUGGAUCCCGACAAAGUUAGACGUCUGAGCUUGAGUGAGCAACAACUUGAAAAGGCAGUGCUUACUCAUGGAAAACAAAUUGUAAGGUUUACUCAGAAGAACAUUUUGAGAGUCUAUCCGAAGGGGAUCAGGUUUGACUCAUCCAAUUAUAACCCAAUGAUUGGGUGGACUCAUGGUGCUCAAAUGGUUGCACUGAACAUGCAGGGUUAUGGAAGGUCACUAUGGUUGAUGCAUGGCAUGUUCAGAGCUAAUGGUGGUUGUGGUUAUGUUAAAAAACCAGAUUUUAUACUGAAGCCUGGUUCAGAUGAUGAGAUCUUUGAUCCUAGAGUUAGGUUGUCUGUGAAAACUACUCUGAAAGUGACUGUGUACAUGGGAGAAGGAUGGUAUUAUGAUUUCCAUCACACACACUUUGAUGCUUACUCCCCACCAGACUUUUAUACGAGGGUGGGAAUUGCUGGGGUCCCAGCUGAUACCAUAAUGAAGAAAACAAAAACGUUAGAAGAUAACUGGGUGCCUGCUUGGAACGAGGUGUUUGAGUUUCCACUAACUGUUCCAGAACUUGCUCUGCUCCGAGUUGAAGUUCAUGAGUACGACAUGUCUGAAAAGGAUGAUUUCGGGGGCCAGACGUGCCUGCCUGUUGCAGAACUAAGAAGAGGAAUUCGAGCCGUUCCGCUCCAUAACGUCAAGGGAGAGAAGUACAAAUCCGUCAAGCUUCUGAUGGGGUUUGAAUUCGUUUAACAAGGCAAAGCAAGGCAAGGCAAGUUCCACUACAUCAUAAAUUAUGUACAGCUUCAAAAUUAGUAAGCAGCUUUUGUUCCUCUUCUCCUCCCCUUCUUGAUUCUGUUUUAUUAUCAUUAUUAUUAUUAUUGGUGUCAUUUAGUUUUUCCUAUUUUGUGAGGAUCUUUUAGCUGAGUAUCACUAUCAACCAUAUCAUAUGUAAAAUGGUUUUGAUAUGGAAGAAGAUUGUAUUUCUAUCUGUAGAGAACCGAAUCCAUUAUCCAUGUCAUUUCCUUCAAUGUUCAAAUGUACUAUUAAAUAAUGUUUCUCCCCCCCUUUUCUGGGACUGUUUCAACAGAUGUUUGUCCAAAACUGUCUUCAUGGACAGUGCGCAAAUAUGUCUGGUGAGAUUUGAGAUUAUAAAAAAAAAGGUUUCUUGGAAUUUUACUUCUGACAUGUAA